AUGGAGAAAACAGAGCAAGAUGCUUUGUACUCUACCAUUCAGGAUUUUGUGGGCAAGUGGUGGAACGGGUCGGAUCUUUAUCCGGAUCCUUGCGGUUGGACUCCUAUUCAGGGUGUUUCUUGUGACCUAUUCGAUGGGUUUUGGUAUGUGACCGAAUUAAGCAUCGGCCCCUUUCACGACAACUCCUUAGCAUGCGCCCCAAAUGUCCAAUUCAGCCCCCAUUUAUUUGCACUAAGGCACCUCAAAUCCCUCUCCUUCUUCAACUGCUUUGUCUUGCCGCGACAUCAUCCUGUCUCGAUCCCUGCCGAGGGCUGGGAAUCCAUAGCCGAGACCUUACAGUCGCUCGAAUUCCGGUCAAACAAUGGCCUGACCGGAGAAAUUCCGGUCAAUCUUGGGGAGCUCACAAAUCUUCAGUCCUUGGUGCUAACAGAAAACGGGCUAACGGGCGAAUUGCCCGAAAGCAUGGGUAAUUUGGUCAACUUGCGGCGCUUGAAUCUUGCAAGAAAUUCGUUCUCGGGGAAAAUCCCGGAGACUCUCGGGAGGCUCAAACACCUUUUGAUUCUGGAUAUCGGCCAGAAUUCACUCUCCGGGCUACUCCCGUUGACUUUUGGAGGGUUGACCUCACUGCUGAAGCUCGACUUGAGCAACAACCAGUUGACCGGAAAAAUCCCACCGGAUUUUGGGAAUUUGAAGGAGUUGACACUCUUGGACAUAAGCAACAACAAUAUAUCAGGUGGAUUGAGUCAAUCACUUGAAGAAAUGAAAUCAUUACAAGAAUUAGUCCUUUCAAACAAUCCCAUUGGUGGGGACAUAAUGGGCCUUGAUUGGACAAAGUUGAAGGGCCUUGUUGCUCUGGACCUGGCCAAUAUGAGCCUGGCAGGGGCCAUCCCUGCCUCCAUUGCUGUGUUAAGUGGGCUCAGAUUCUUGGGCCUCAAUGAUAACAAGCUCACAGGGAGUAUUCCCCGGAACCUUGCCCGUUUGCCUAACCUUAGCGCAAUGUAUGUCAAUGGGAAUAACCUGACAGGUCAGCUUGAAUUUCCAGGGCUGUUUUACGGGAAGAUGAGGUGGCGUUUUGGGGCGUGGGAUAAUCCUAAUCUGUGUUAUCCCGUGGGAUUGAUUAAAUCAAGUUAUGUGCCGUUUGGGGUCAAGCAAUGUGAUGAGGAGGAGGAGGUUAUGAGAUUUGAGGCUGGUCUGGAUAAUAAUAAUAAGGCCAAGUUGGGCCAAAAUGUGAAAUUGAAGAGUUCAGGGGCUGCUUUGCGUUUUUCGGGAUUUGGUGGUUGUGGAUUGGGUUUGUUGUUAGUUGAGGUGCUUGUGGUUCUAGUUUAUAAUUUUUAUGUUUGA